AUGGAGAACGUGGGGCAGAUAGAACAGAACAAUGUUGACAAUACCGCCGAAGCGCUGCAACUCGUCAAGCACGAAGAUAGGCUGGAGCAGGAGCAAGCAGCUGAGAGGAACGCAGGGGCAGAUGGCGGUGAGCAGCACCAGGCCAACUCCAUAAUGGCCCGUGACGGCUCCCCAGCGCCACACUCACAGUCCGUGAUAACGUCACGUCGCACCGUGCGGACUAUCACCGCCGCAGGUCAUAUUACUACAGAAGAAGGUGAUCCUGGCGCCGACGAAGGUGUGAAAGACGAGCCCCCAGAGCCUGUGCCACUGGAGCAGGACCCGCAGCAACUCCACCAGUACGCGCCCAAACUUGAAGAUGAGCACCGUGAAGCCCAGCAGCACUAUGACGAAGAGCGCCUUCGUCUCGCCGAGGCAGAGACCGCACGGUACCUCGCUUUCAAGCAAGAGCCCUAUCGCACUUUGGCGUCGCCCGCGCCUGUCGAUAAACGUAUGCAACCCCAGUACACUCGAACCCCACAGCGCCCUGUCUACGGAAGAAGUUUAGCACUGCGCUAUGGUGCACCACACCACGUCAUCGUGGCGCAGGAGGGUGAAAGCGAAGAGGCAGCACACGACGCGUACUUAUCGCAAAAGGAAAAAGAGCAAUUGCAGUACGUGGGUGGUGAAGGUGCCACCGAUUCACGCCAAUAUACUGCCGUACUCGGCGAGCAAGUUCCCCAGUCUACGGCACUCGAGAUGAUCCAGACCACGUCUCUGAACAACCAACAAGCGGUCGGUGUUGCAUAUCAACAGGUUAAAUAUGAAACACGUGGUGAGGGAGAGCCACGUCCAAGCACGUAUGCAAGCCUACAGCCCGUGACCUCUGUACACGGUGGCUACACCUAUGCCGGGCAGAGUCCUCAGUAUGGUGGAGCACCUACGUACGGUGCUUACGCCGGAAGUAGUAAGGAGUUAUUGACAUUGUACGGUAGUGCUGCGGGGACUGGAACUUCCGGGGGGAACACAGGCGGUGGAGCUCGCGGAGACGAGUCGCCCCCGAGCCAAUUAUUGUACCGCUCGGAUCCAACACUCUCUUCAUCGUCGUUGACCACAAGGGGCGCCCACGUAGUGUACGGCUCUGUCAUACCACAGUCGCAAGCUGUAUACGAGGCACCACCGAGUCCUAAUUCACAACAGGUAACUCUGUAUACGCACGGCAAUACCGUUCAGUACAAGGUUGGGGGUGAACACUACCUGGGACAAGGAGGCGGUGUCGAAUACGUGCCAGUGUCAGGGUACGAAGGCGGCCUACUUGUAGAGGGCUAUCCUGCGCCUGCGCAGGCUUGGCCACCACAUAAUCUAUUGCCUAUAGAUGAUGGAUUUGAUCCAAGUAUGACGGGCAUGGGUGAAGUAAAGGAGUGCGUCAAUUGUGCGGCAGCCACCACACCGCUGUGGCGGCGCGACGGUACCGGACAUUACCUGUGCAACGCUUGCGGCCUGUAUACACGUAUCAACGGUGUCAACCGACCGCCGCUAAAGGGACAAAAAGCAAAACCACAACAAGCCCUGCCGACCAACGGGAAUCGUCGCGUAGGUGUGACUUGCGCCAACUGUCGCACUUCCAACACGACGCUGUGGAGACGAAAUAACAACGGCGAGCCUGUCUGUAACGCGUGCGGCCUCUACUAUAAACUGCACAAUGUGAACCGACCGCUUAGCAUGAAGAAGGACGGCAUCCAGACCCGCAAGCGCAAACCAAAGAGCAUGGGUGGCGGCCACAGCGUGCCGCGCCCCGGCGCCGCGCCCCUCUCAGUGGAGGCACAUUCGCACAAGGUGCUGCCUCCGCUGUACGCAGCGGUAGAGGCGGGCGCGGGGGGCGCUACCCCGCUGCUGCUGCUCCCCGCGAGGCAUCAAGCCGAUAUGGUACCAGCGCUAGAGCGCAGCAGCGGCGGCGUGUUGCAGAGCGCGGCGGGGCACUACCGCCCGCCGUAA